CAAAACCGACUGACCCGCCGCGAAAUCUUCAAACCCACCGAAGCCAUGCCCAUGGCGCUGCUCCUCUCCUCGCCGCCGCGGCCUUCCCUCCGCCGCGUGACUCGAUGGAGCGCGGCGUCCCUCUCCCCCCGAGCCUCCCUCCCGUCUCCCCGGCGUGUGGGCCUCGCGGUCGCGGCCGCCAGUUGGGAUGGUGCCGGGAGGUGGCGCGUCGAGACGACGACGACGCGCGCGCGGGCGGCCGCGAGGGCUGGGGCUUCGGGGGAAGGGGGCGAUGGUGAGGUUGAGGGUGGGGGUGGGACGGGGAUCGCCGCGGCGGCGGCGGCCACGGUGGUGCUCGCGGUGAUGAACCGGGUGCUGUACAAGCUGGCGCUCGUGCCCAUGAGGAAUUACCCGUUCUUCCUCGCCCAAGCCACCACAUUUGGGUAUGUUAUAGUAUAUUUCUCUAUUCUUUUUAUAAGAUAUCAUGCUGGCAUUGUCACUAAAGAAAUGCUAGCACUUCCAAAAUCACGCUUCAUGUUGAUUGGCUUACUAGAAGCACUAGGUGUUGCUUCAGGCAUGGCUGCUGCAGCUAUGUUGCCUGGACCUUCAAUUCCAGUGUUGUCUCAGUCCUUUUUAGUUUGGCAGCUUAUCUUAUCUGUCCUCAUUUUGGGAAGGAAAUACAGAGCAAAUCAAAUAUUUGGAUGCCUGCUCGUCACAGCGGGGGUAAUUCUAGCUGUGGCAAGUGGAGCGAACAGUGGUCCAUUUCUAUCUGAUGUCAAGCUGUUCUGGCCAGCAGUACUGAUGGCUUCGUCUGCAUGUCAUGCUGGUGCAUCCAUAAUCAAGGAAUUUGUUUUUAUUGAUGGUGCAAAACGCCUUAAGGGAAAGAGGCCUGACAUAUUUGUGGUCAACUCCUUUGGGUCAGGUUUUCAGGCCCUGUUUGUCUUCCUACUCCUUCCGUUUCUGUCUAACUUAAAAGGCAUCCCGUUGGCUGAGCUUCCUGCAUACAUAAACCGUGGUGCAGCAUGCUUUCUGAAUAUUGGAGGUAAUCUGAAGGAUUGCCAUGGAGCUCCUUUGCUGCCACUGCUCUUCAUAGCUAUGAACAUGGCCUUCAACAUUUCUGUUUUAAAUCUGGUGAAGAUGUCUACUGCACUGGUUGCUUCGCUAACAGCAACUUUAGCAGUUCCUCUUUCCAUCUAUGUGUUGUCACUACCUCUGCCAUACAUUCCUGGUGGGACAAAUUUAAGCACUUCAUUUUUGGUUGGUGCUGCUAUCUUAGUUCUUGGGUUACUCCUAUACAAUCUUCCUAAAAAAUUAGCCGGCCGAAUGAAGACCGACUAAUCUAUACCAAGUCAAAUACAAGGAUGACAGGAAACUUUUGAUGCCCCAUGUUGAUACAAAGAUUAUAAUUCCGUUUCGUUGCCAACCAGCAGCAAAAAUUUGUUCAGAACUUCUGAAGAGCGCCUCGCCGCCGUGCUACUGCAGUUCCUCAGCCUGUGUGACUUCAACCAGAAAGCGCCUAGUUUCGAGUACUUAGGAACUCCUUUUUUUUGUUUUUUGUUUUGUGCCACAGCUACUUUCAGCCUUUCAUAGGUUUUACUCACAUGCUUCCAGGUAAGUCACGAAUUUUAAUUUGCUCAGUUAGGAUAGGAUUUAGCUCAAAUGUAAUGGUUUUUAUAUGGGUAUUCGGUAUUCCCUAUACUGGUUUUAGCUAUCUCCCUGUUUAUAUUUUGAGUUUUCGUAUAACAGGCAAAGUUGGUUUUCAUGAAACUCAAGUAGUUUGGAAAACUGCUUGUUAUAAAGUUUUACCCUAAUAUAAGAAGAUGCCUGUUCUAACA